AUGGAGUGUCUUUCGACUGGCGCGAGACACUCGCUCAAGAGGCUGGGCUUUCAACUCUACUCCCUUCCUCGUAUGUCAUGUCCUUCAUUUGUUGCAUAUAGACAAUAUGGGCUGGUCCCGACCCCCCGGCGCAUGAAAUUCCACAGCCAAUCCGAUCAGUCCGAACAGUCCGGUUCCUCAAACACACGAGCAUCCCUGGAGGAAAUCCCUGAGUCUCCUCAGGCUCAACCACUGACAGGAUAUUACUCACUGGUUCUGAAUUCGCCCACAUCCUAUGGCCGUGCACCGACAUCGCGGCCGACGCCUACUCGGCCCGAAGCCGAACCAACACCGGCAUCUCCCGUCCAGCCUCAAACGCCGCAAGAAAAAAUGGCCAUUGUGUUCGGCACCCGCCUCGCUGGACCAGGUCGGUCCUCACGCUACAAUCCUGGCGAAGCUCCAGAGUCGAUGUGGAAAACCAUCAAUGGAGUACCCAUCCCUCCGCAACCCGAAGAACCAGAUAACUGCUGCAUGAGCGGCUGUGUACAUUGCGUUUGGGAUGACUUCCGGGAUGAGAUGGAGGAAUGGGGAAUUCGAGUCACAACCGCCAAAGCCAAAGGUGGUGCCGAGAAGGGUACGCAGGACAUGCGCUCGGCACCUAGAUCGGAAGUCAACUCGGCCAGUGGCAGCAUGGAUGAUGACGGUGGAGGUAGCGAGACAAAUUGGACUAUGCCAAGUCAAGAUAAAGAUUUGUUUGCCAAUAUUCCUGUUGGUAUUCGAGAAUUCAUGAAGAUCGAGAAAAAAUUGCGGGCGAAGCAUCAGAAAGAGGCCACCUCGUGA